UUCUUGCUGUUGCGCAUCGAACUCAUCGCCCCAGAGGCAGAGCAGUAGAGCACACACCGUCCCUCCACUCCACUUCCAAGUUCCACCCACAAAUUUUAUCACAUUGCCGACUGCAGCCGCCGACGCCGGCGAAGCCCUCCGUUGCCUCGUGUGCCGCCCGUCUGUCUGCCCGCCGGCGCUAUGAAGAAGGUUGUGCUGAAGCUGGACCUGCACGACGACAGGCAGAAGCAGAAGGCGCUCAAGGCCGUCUCCGCUCUCCACGGCGUCGACCUGAUGAGCGUGGACAUGAAGGACCAGAAGCUGACGGUGGCCGGCAGCAUGGACCCCGUCGACGUCGUCGCCAAGCUGCGCAGGUUCUUCCCCGGGGCGCACAUCGUCUCCGUCGGCCCGGCCAAGGAGGAUAAGAAGGAAGGCGGCGACAAGAAGGACGGCGACAAGAAAGACGGCGGCGGCGGCGACAAGGACAAGAAGGACGCGAGCAAGCAGGUGGUGUACGCGCCCCCCUACUGGUACCCGCCGCCGCCGCAGCACCACCACCCGCACCCGUACCACUUCGUCCGCAGCGCCGAGGAGGACCCCAACUCCUGCGUCAUCUGCUGAACCCCGCGCCGGCCCGCCUUGUACAUUUCUAGCCGGCCUGCCUGUGUGCGGCUCACCGGCGAUCACCGGUCGAGAGCUGCUCCGGUGGUGGUUGGUGGUUGCUCCACUCGUCAUCCUACCUGCGACAGCGAUCGCUAUGUCCCUAGAUGUUGUUUUGUCUUGUUUAUUUUGCUUGGAUAAGUACACGCAUAUGUUGAGUUUAUGAUGUAGAGAGCAGAUGUGGAAUCAAAUAACUGCGGGGAGAAGAAACAUAAAU